GUCGCGCGAACCGCGUAGUAUGAGAAGAACUGGUUAACUGGAGUUUGCCUCCCCAAUCAACUGUCUGUUUGGAACGUCGCCAUUCGAUUACAUUAAUUUGUACAUAAAAAUGUGUGUUAUUAUUAAGUGGAAGUAAAGGAUUCGAAGGACGAUGCACGAACGAACGAAACGUAGGACUUGGAAUAAGCCAGUGAUGCACGAAAACUUCGGAUAAAAUCGUAGCGGAAGCAUCCGAAAACAAAACUACAUCAUAGGAAUAAUGCAUCUGUAUAUAAAUAAUGGAUAGGAGAGUCUGAGUGAUAAAGGCAGUGCAAACGGCUUCUACACAGUGCGCAGUGCAUUAAAAUGCAAGUUGUUUAUUAUUUCCAAAUUUCUUUCUUUACGUCAAAUGUCAUCUAAAAUGGUGUUGACAGUUAUGUCAUUUGUCGUUGUUUUCCUACGAAAAAGAACGUUUCUAUGGUUCAGAUCUAGUAUGUAAACAAAACAGUAUGUGCUUUUCUAUAUUUUACUACUUGAGACAGCAAAGUACCUUGAUUAAUUUUGGAUUGGUGUCUUUAGGUUAGGUUUGGCUUAUUAUGGACUGUGAAUGCUGGACUUUCUAGCCAAACUUAACAAUCCAGAGAAAUGAGCAUUCAUAAUAUAAUCAUGCUUUUUGGGUGAGGACAACGCAAAAUUGUGGAGAUGGAGCGUGAAGUUCCCAGCGUACCCAUCACCACACUAGCAGGUGUAGCAAGUCUUACAGACUUGCUCCCUGAAAUGCCUUUGCCCACACCAUCACCCCAAACAUUAUGCAACAAAUCUCUGCUCUUUCAUCCGAGAGUGGCAGAGGAAGCACAAAAUUUGUUGGGUGUGAGAGAUGUAACGUUAGUGCCACAGUUGGUACAUUCUCUAGUACAAACGUCGGCCGAUCACAUAGAAGUUAAAGAUAACUAUGCGGUUACCGACGCAAAAGUGGAACAACAGGAGAAGAUGCCUGAACUUCUUCGAGCCAUGCUUGAUGCCAACCCCAACGUAUUCAAGGGCACAUUAUCACAAAAAACUGCAACCGUUACAAAUCAAUGGAACCACACGGGUCAGACGACAGUGCAAACGGCCGAACCGAAGUCGGGAACUGCGCAGGAGAGCGACAAACAAAAUUCGAAAUCGAACAGACCGUCCGUCAUAACCGAACAAAAGGGUUUCGUGAACUGUAAAGACGUCACGUCCGACGCAACUAACACGACGUUAAGUGAUCAGGACAGUAAAAAUGGCCAAGGCAACAUCACGUCUGACACGCAACUCGCCCAAAACGCCCAACAAACACAAAUGUCCAACGUUCAAUCGGAUACGCAGAAGAACCAACAAAGCACCACCAACGAGAAACCAAACACGACCGACCUGCGGCAACUGAGGAGGCCGAGUAAGGGCACGCCCCCUCUGCCGUCGGGACAGGAGGAAUCGAAGACGAGAUUGACCCGUUCGCGGACGAAAGAGGAGUACGGAACACCCGAGGCGACGCCGACGUCCGAAACGCAGACUAAGGAUGCGAAACUGACUGAUCCCCAAAGCGACGACAUUGACAAGCUGUUUCCCCUUAUCGAUGCCGCUGCACCGCAUAACUCUCAGUACCCCGGCAUUAAGCAGCCCAUCAUCAAACUGGACAGGCUCUCGACGGAGGACAUACAAAAGAGCUUGAAAGAAUUCACCGAUAGUAAACCGAAGCUGGCCCUAGAACUGGGCUUAAUUCCCCCAAAGGAGAAGAAAAGCUACAAGGAAAAGUCGGAGUCGGAAGAGGAGGGCGAGGAGCGUAGCUCCAAGCGCAAGGGCGGUAAAAGGAAAGCCGACAGUGAGGACGAAUACCAACCUGCCGACUCGUUUUCCGCCUUAGUGGGCAGUACGAAACGACGAAAACUGGCACCGAAAGACGAGAAACCGGAAACACCCAUCGUCGUGAAGCCUAAACUCAGACGGGUGGAGAAGAAGUUUGUCCCGGUCAUAGAGAAACUGUCUCAAGAGGAACUCAUGGAGACCAACACUUAUUUGCGAUUCAACAAGUCCGUGGAGAUAGUUCUCAAGUCCGCCGAAGAUUACGACUCCGCCGAGAUUGGAGAGGACGGAAUCAUACCCGAGGAGUAUUUGUUAAGCCGAACUGUGAUGCAGGAGCUGUGCACGGAGACCGCCAAGCUGAAGAUCCUGGGGGCAAUGGAAAUGAUCCCCACGGAUACGCUGACGCGGUUGCUGAACGUGCUGGAGGUGAACAUACGCGGAGGCGACCGAGUUUCGCCGGUCGGAGACGAAGACGACAACGAGAGCAUAAGGCAGCUGUGGCUGGAGUCCACCAUGGAACGGGUGAUGGGAGCCGCAGACGCUUCUCUGGUGUGCAUGUACAUCAUGACGUCGCCCAACAUGUCCAAGCGUGUUUAUCUGGAGGACGUCAUCGAUCGAGUGGUGUUGUUCAUUAAGUACCAGCUGCACAACACGAUCUUUCCGUCGUUCGAUUCGACUUAUCGGUUGGAUAACAAGAAGAAGGACGGCAGAAGGAAGAAAACCACUCCGGUGUCGGAGAAGAACAUCUUGAUGCUUUACACCAAAACGUCGGAACUGGUCAAUUUGUUGGCCGAGCUCCUGAACAUUCAGGUCUUGACUGACACGUCAGUUCUUCAUGCUUCUUCCAUGGGCGUUUCACCGUUCUUUGCGGAGAACGUGAGCGAAUUACAACUCGCCUGCUUAAAACUCGUCACAACGAUUUUUACGAGGUAUGAAACACAUCGAAGGUUAUUACUCGACGACAUCCUGGCUUCAAUAGCUCGUCUUCCCAGCACCAAACGAAGUUUGAGAACGUACAGGCUGAACAGCGAAGAAAAUAUACAAAUGCUGACUGCUCUCGUCUUACAGUUAAUCCAGUGUGUCGUUGCCCUGCCAGAAAAUUUCAACUCAAAAUAUGACAAAACCCAAAGCGACAAAAUCAAAAACGUAGACAAAGACGUGCUCAUCUGCAACAAAUACGAAAAGGCCACAUCAACGGCCGGCACGUUUCUAACAGUAUUCUUGAACAAAUGCGGUAGCAAAUCGGAGGAAAUUGAUUACCGACCGUUAUUCGAGAACUUCGUCCAAGAUCUCCUGUCGACGGUCAACAAACCCGAAUGGCCGGCAACCGAGUUGUUGCUGUGCAUUUUGGGUAACGUGUUGGUCAAAAAUUUCUCCAAUAAAGGCACCGACAUGUCUUUGAGGGUGGCCAGCUUGGACUACCUAGGAGUGGUGGCCGCAAGGCUUAGGCGAGACAGCGUUUGGUCACGUUGCAAACUCAACACCAUCGAUCAAAUGAUCAAAGACAUCAAACUGGAAGAGAUGAAGGACAAUGAAGAGAUGCCAACGAAAAAGAAACAGAAAGAGGCCGACUCGGAGGAGGAACGCACUCAGUUCCUUCAGAAGGUGCUUCUUGAUUUUUUAGCUGUGAACUCACAAAACGACGAAGCGUACAAAUAUGCCAGGCAUUUCUAUAUCACGCAGUGGUAUAAAGAUCUUGUCAGCGUCAAAGCUGCAAUAGCUAGCGGCAAAGAUAGGAAGAAGAAGAAAGACAAGCACCGGCAAAGGCGUCACAAGUCCACAUCGGAUGACGACGAUGACAUUGACAGCGAGACGGACGAUGAUAAGGAACAACAGAAGGAAUCCGUCGAGCAAGAAAACGCUGAAAAAUUUAAGUUGCUGGAAGAAAAGAAGAAGUUUCUUAUCAGUAAGAUACGACCCUUCAGGGAAGACAUAUCAGCCGGCAAUCGGGUGCAAAUUUACCAGACCUACAUUGACUACAACAGCGCAGAACUCAUUGCUCAAUAUCUGGCGUCGAAGCGUUACUUUUCCCAAAGUUUCGACCACUACUUAAAACAGAUAUUGUUCGUCCUGAGGGAGACAUCCAUUGCCAUCAGAACGAAGGCUAUGAAGUGUCUGACCAUGAUCGUCGAAGCUGACCCUUCAAUCCUGGGGCGCCAUGACAUGCAAAUGGGCGUGAACCAUUCGUUUCUUGAUCAUUCUACUUCCGUAAGAGAAGCCGCCGUCGAUCUGGUCGGAAAGUUCGUGCUAAGUAGGCCAGAGUUGAUCCACAAAUACUACGAAAUGUUGUCGACAAGGAUACUGGACACGGGUGUAAGCGUAAGGAAGAGGGUAAUAAAAAUACUCAAGGAUAUUUGUAUCGAGUGUCCGGAGUUUCCUAAAAUCCCGGAAAUCUGCGUCAAAAUGAUCAGGAGAGUGAACGACGAGGAUGGCAUCAGGAAGUUGGUAAUGGAGGUCUUUCAAAACAUGUGGUUCACACCAACCAAAGAUUCGUCUUUGCUGAGGAAAGUCAUGAACAUCACUGACGUUGUAGCUUCCUCCAAAGACAUUGGUCUUGAAUGGUUUGAACAGCUAUUGUUAAGCUUGUUCAAGCCAAAAGAAGACAAAGAUGACUCCACCAAAAUCCAAACUGAACCUCCAAAAGCCUUACUGUUAGCUUGCAGACAAAUCGUCGACUGUUUAAUUGAGAACGUACUUAGGCUAGAAGAAAACGACAGUUCCGGGUCUUCGGAAAGAUUAGUUGCCUGUUUGACCACCCUUUAUCUGUUUGCCAAAAUUAGACCUCAGUUACUGGUAAAACAUGCCAGCACAUUACAACCUUAUUUGGGUCUAAAAUGCCAAACGCAAGGUGACAUCCAAAUCAUUUCUAGUGUGGCCAAAAUGCUAGAACUGGUGGUGCCCCUCAUGGAACAUCCGAGUGAACCCUUUUUGGCGCAGCUCGAGGAAGAUGCAAUAAAACUGGUGUUGGUUAAUGACCGACCGAUAGUCAGCAGUUGCGUCGCUUGUUUGGCAUCGAUUGUUAAUAAGGUCACCCACAAUUACAAGCUGAUUAGGGAUUGUUUUAAGAGAUACUUCAAUUACUUGGACAAGUACAAGUCGUUCUUCGUGGCAAGGAAUACGGCAUUGUGCAAUGAUGUAAAGGGUCGGCAAACAUUCAGGAGGGCGUUGUUCAUCUCUGGACUGCUUUUGAGGCACUUUGAUUUCAAAGAUCCGGCCGUCAUUGGAGACCUACCUGCUGACAUUAAAGACCAAGUGUACCACCUCAUGGUAUUCUACUUGCAACAAGAAGAUAUUGACAUUCAAGCUAAUGCACUGAAAGCAAUUGGCUCAAUUUGCAUAAGACAUUACGAAUUUAUGUUGGAGGCUGAGCUUAAGGAGUUUUAUCACAAGCAGUUGACCAGCGAAGAUGCUCCUUUAAAGAUGAAAACCGAGGUCUUGGUUAACAUCGAAAACUAUCUUGUUGAAGAGGAGAAAAGAAUGAUACAACAAGAUUUAGAAUGGUCCAAACGUUCAAAGCAAGAGAACUUGAAGGAAAUGGGCGAUGUCUCUUCUGGCAUGGCGAGUACUGUGAUACAAUUGUAUUUAAAGGAGAUUAUGCAGUCUUAUAUACAUCACAAUUUGAAUGUAAGGAAGCCAGCGUUGCGGGUUAUCCAACUUGUGUUGCAGCAGGGUUUGGUGCAUCCUGUACAGAUUGUCCCAUACUUGAUUUGCAUGAGUACUGACUGUGAGAAAAUGGUGUCUCACAGUGCUGACAAGCAAUUACUGGAAAUCGAAAAGAAAUAUCCUGGUUUUAUACACACAAAAUCGACACUUGGUAUUAGAUUGUCCUAUCAGUUGCAAUCUAUAUUACAAAGUGACACAAUUGUAAGAGGAUCGAGAGUCAAAGAAGAAGGCGAAUAUCCUACAGCCCUAAAUGGAUAUUUGUAUUCUAUUUUACGUAAUUCGAGACAACAAAGACGUGCCUUAAUACUUAAUAUUUUGAAGCAGUUUGAUGAUCAAGCUCGUACCACUUUAUCCUACAUGUUGUACCUGGCAGACAACUUGGCAUAUUUUCCUUACAUGGUGCAAGAUGAGCCCCUGUUCAUUGUACACCACAUAGACAUAAUGAUCUCUGUAACAGGCACAAACUUGGUACAAUCCUUUAGAGAAGGUUUGCUGAUGCCUGAGGGUCAGAAAAUCAUUCACGCUGAAAACGGCGAAGCAGUAAACGCCGUGUCUGCGCUGGACGAAGACGACGAGGAUGAAGAGCUUCUGGUGUCGAGACUGCCGGAGGACACUUCACAUUUGCAAGCCUGCAUAACAGCGGCACAAGGAUGUUUGCUAUUGCUGAUGCUGAAGCAGCACAUUAAAGAUGUUUAUGGCCUUAGCGAUGGGAAAAUUCAACAAUAUUCACCAUCAGAUGCAGCGAAAGUUUACGAAAAAUCCACCACCAGAAGAUCAAAUGCUCUCUUUAAUCCCAAAACUUUACAAAAGUUAAAACAAGGUACACCUCCCCAAUAUUUGGAUGAAGAAGGCAGGCGGGACUUGAUUAGGCAAUAUAUAGAUUUUAAACAACUCAUGCUACAGUUGGAUCCGGACGAUCCGGAUGAAGAGGAAACUGCGAAUUAUUUAAUGAAUAAUAUGCAAUGCAAUCCUAACAAUUCGGUAACUGGACAAGCACCAGCGGCCACAUCGAUAUUAACAGAGGCAGAUCAAGCAACAUUAGAAAAUUAUAAGGACAAUUCGCCACCGAAAGUGCCCAAACUGGUGAUAUCGAAUCGACGAUUAGACAGUGAUACGAAACGUUCUCCGCGAAGUCACCGAUCGAUGGAGAAAACGAAAAAACACAGACACAAAAAGAAACGGCGGAAGUUCGUGAGUUCGUCGGGCGACGAGAGUGAGAACGACUGCAGUGAUCCGGACUUCAUGGCUUAGGAUGUCGCGUUUUUGUUUAACGGUGUUCUCGAAGUGUACAGUUUUUAUUUUAAGCGGGAAUUAAUUGCAAAAAUAACGAUGAACAUAUUUUAUUGAAUGAAGAGAGUAAAUUAAAAAAACAAAAAGGUUGUUUAAUCAAUAGACAGGGACUGAGAAUGAGUUUACAAGAAAAUUUUGUAUGAUGUAGUGUUCGCACAUAGGUAAGGACAUUGGACAUUUAUAGAGUUGUUCAUUUUUGUCAUGUGGUGUUUUGAUUUCUCUUUUUUUAUUUUCGUUUUCGACAUCUCCCAGCUACUGUCGCAUAGUUUAUUAUAAAUAUUAUAGAGAGAUAUAUAUGUAAUGAGACAGUAACUGUGAAUAUUUUGUAUAGUUUUAUGCAUUUUUGUAAGUCUAUAUCAGGGGAAUUUAUACAUUGUCCUUCAAGUGAGCUUCCACUUGAUCAAAAAUCAUUUUCUUCAUUAAUUAAUUGCAGACCAGACCAUAUUAUUUAUUUGUGCUGCUGGUUUUAAACACACAUUUUUGAAAGCUCAUUUCCGGGAUAGAUACCGAUUACCACCUCUGUUGUUUUGUAUUUACAUUUUUUAGUGUAUAUAAUUAGAACCAGUGAUGUAUAUGUGAUUUUCCCUAAAAUUGGGAGCCAGAUUUUGAGAUUAAAUCAUUCUGGUGCGUUCAGCCCUUUAGUGAAAUCCCCACCACGUUUUAUCUGUGACAAUUGCCCACCCACUCUUAUUAAUUCGGCACGUUGUCACAGACCUUAAACUUACUGGGUGUUUCACUAAGCUGGCGCAUCAUAUUCUUGACACAGCUUCAUAGAUAUAAAAAUUUUAAUAGAAUUGCUAUUUUAACCUCACAGUCUGGAAAUUGCUCAAAACAACAAAUUACAACCAACACUUCAACAUACAUACUUCUGUUAUGUACUUUCUACCAAACAACAAGCAAGUCUAGACCGAGAAAUGAUUUAUUUUGCAAAAACCUAGUCAACAAACUGCCCUUUUACAAACCUGCGAAACUUUUAAAUCGUCCUUUUAAAUUUGUUAAGAUUUUUAUAUUUUAUAUUUUUUAUUUGUAUAUAUUUAUAGAAUUGUCGAUCGAAAUGAUUUUUCUUUUAUUCUGGGCCAUACAAUAAUUGUUCUUUUAUAAAGCCGUCGUCUCCUUCCAAGUCGUUAAGCCUGAUGUCUUUUGCAAACAGGAAAAUUACUACUUAUGUAUACUAAAGAAGUUGUAACGAAUAAUUAGUUUUACCCAUUUUUUUGCCUUUAUUGACGAAAUACAAUUUUUAUUUGGAAAUCGGAUCGCAUUACAGUAGCUUUAACGAGUUAAUCUACGAGUAAUUAGCUUACUCCAUAAGUAAAGCUCGUGGACGUCUUCAACGAAUGCCAUUUCUCGUUCUAGACCAUUUAUUUUGCAAAAAAUAAAUCUGCAUAUACAGGGAUUUGUUUGAAGAUGUAAUUUAGCAUUAUGCAUGGAGACAUAUCUUUUCAAUUGACUUGCAAUAACUGUAGUUUCAAAUUAGUGUUUUUAGGCGCCAUGUUUUGUUUUUAUAUCUUUAAACAGUCCUGUUUAAAACGUAAGGGACAUAUGUAGAUGUAAAAUAUGUAAAUCACAAACUGUAAAAUUAAUUAAUUCCAAGAAAACAAUAAAUAAUUUUCAGGAAAGUGUAAUAUAAUUUCUAAAUGCAUAUAUGUUAAUAUACGAGAAUGCAUAUUCGCAUGUAUAAAUUGGGAUAUGUACAAAUUGUUAAAAAAAAAGUUCGUAUUGUUUUUGGAAAGAUUUUUUCUGGAAAAUUGCCAUCACUGAUUAGAACUAGCAGCUUUCUUAGACUGUAAAUUUAUAUUAGAUCAUUUAAUUAACAUCAUAGAUUGGAAAUAUUAUUUAUUAUCACGAAAAAGUUACUUGAAAAUGUUUACAAACAAAUUUUGUUGGUUUAAACAUUGUGCGCUGGUCCAUAUAAUUUUUCUUUUCAAGUGUUUUAAACCAUGGAAUUUAGAUACCAAUGAAACAAAUAGGUCACUGUAUUCCUGUACAUUUUGUUUUUUUACUUUUAAGUAGCCUGUUUCAAAUUUAGAGAGCAUUAAUAACAAUUUGUUUGCAAGAAAUAACUAAUAAUUACAACUAUUUUAUUCGCCUCAUCUAUUAAUUGCUUUCAUUUUAUUAUUUUAUUUAAUCCACUAACCGAGACAAAAGUUCAAAACCUCAUUGUAAGUUAAGGAGACUGUAAUACGCAUUUUAACGAGUUCUCGGCUACGAAACAAAAUGUUUAUUAUAGUUUCAAUUAGGUAAUUCUUGCAAAUAUUAAUUCUGACCGUCAUAGAAUUAAAACAGACUCGAUUUCCAAAUUCCUGUAAUUUCUAUCCGGCCGUUUUUAUCAUUCAAAUCGUAAUUUUUUAACUCAUUAAUUUUACAUUCCCAUAUCAAAAUUACGUUUGUAUAUUGAUUAGUGCAUGAGACGCAUACAUGCCUUGUAAAAAAAAACUUGAUUCUAUAAAAUGAAUUUUGUUAUAUUUAUCAGUAUUAAAUUAUAUGAAUUUAAUCCCAUAUUGUAUAUUUGCAAGUUAUACAUAUUCUUACUAUGAUUUAAAUAAAAAAACUACUUAAUCAAGUUUUAACAGACUACUUUAGAGCUAAAUUUUUAGCAGGUUAUUUAUAGUAGUUUAUUUAUAUUUAUAGCCUUAGUUGUGAAUUGUUAGUGAAUGUGUAAUAUCCAGUAAUAAUGAAUGUUUGACACCACCACCGAUAUAAUUUUGUAAAUUAAUAAAUAUGUGGAUGUUCAAACAUGAAUUAUGCAGGGUUUUCCAUAUUGUAAAACUCCAUUUGUAUUUAAAUAAAUUUAUAUUUGUAAUGAA